GUGAUCUUAUUAUUCUUCUGAAAGUCAAUUUCAAUAUGUUAAAAAAUCUUCAAAACUAUUCCCCAAAGGAAUCCUUUACUGUCAAUUACGAAAUUUGUUUUAUCUGUUACAUACAGGUUUGCUGCUCCAAAGUCAUACCGAGUCUAAACGAUGUCCGGCACUCCGUUAAUGCCAGUCCAGUUACCGCAGCCGCCGGCGGACACCACCAAAUCCUCGGGGGUGUACCACUCACAUGCCAAAAACCAGAAGGAGGUUAGUCUGCCGUUCCUUAAGGAGGAUUCGUAUACCGACACCAUACUGCUAGUGGAAGGGAAGAAGCUAUACAUCAACAAAUGCAUUCUGGGAUACGCGUCGCCACAUUUCCAGAAACUCUUAGAUAACGCCAAUAAAGCGGCAGUGGCGGACAAAAAGACGAAAGCGGAAGUGAAGGUCAGCGACAAGACCUACUCCGACUUUGUUGAACUUCUGACCUAUCUACAUCCGGCCACCAGCACUGAUAUAACAGAUAAGGUGGCCCUACGACUUUUGCCUCUAGCGAAUGAGUACGGAAUGGUUCCACUCAAAGAAAAGUGUGAGAAAGUACUAGUCGGAAGUCUUCGGAAGUCUCCGACAACUCCGAAGGCUUCUAAAGGACCUCCAACUUAUAAACAUCGUAAGGACAACGCCCCCGAAAUUCUUCUAAAAUGCAUCAAGUCCGCGGACGCCGGUUCAUCCAGACCACUCCUGGAAGAAUGUGUUCGAAUUUUCUCUAAUCCUGAGAUUCCGCUCAAAGAUCUUAAAGCCAGCACGGAAAUAUCCGACCAAGUCAAAGCUCGUAUUUACGAAAACCGAAUGGAAAACUCGUCAAGCAAAAUGUCCAAAUUAGCCAAUGAACUAGAGAAAGAAAGACACGAGAAGGAAAAAUUGCGGUCACAGCUGAAUGAGCGCUACGCGACGAACACCAAAAGCCGCAUGAGUCGCUUAACCAGGUUUGGUUCAGAUCCAUCUCUGGACAAACCUAGCAACCAGAUUAUGAACCAGAUCCCACCGGCGCACCAUCACUCACAUCGCCCUAGCAACACCAACGGUCAAGGACGGGAUAGAUUCACAACAAGGUUAAAUGCCAAAUAGACAGAAAAAUACCCUUCUUUCAAAUCAGCCGAGGUGAUUCUAAUCAAGACUGAUCCAAACAUAUAAACAAAAAUGUCGUAAAGUAUAUUGUAUUUUGAUUUGAGAAUGAACUUUAUUUACAUAAUUAUAGUCCACAAGUUUGAAUUUGCCAGUAAACAGCUAGUUUAAAUUCUAG